AUGGAGAGCAGCCUUAGUCAGCCCAGCCUGGCGAGGGAGCCUACAGGGGACAGCCAGGCUCUGGCUGAGCUCCAGGAGCUGGCCCUGAAGUGGUUCAUGGAGACACAGGCCCCCGUCAUUCUGCAGAAUGGCUCCCUGCCCCCCUGGUUUCACGGAUUCAUCACUCGCAAGCAGACGGAGCAGCUACUCAGGGACAAAGCCCUUGGUUCCUUCCUCAUCCGCCUCAGUGACCGGGCCACCGGCUACAUCUUGUCCUACAGGGGUGGCGAUCGCUGCCGGCAUUUCGUCAUCAACCAACUACGAAACCGGCGCUACUUUGUCUCAGGGGACACCCAGAGUCACGGCACCCUGGCAGAGCUCGUGCGCCACUACCAGGAGGUGCAGCUGGAGCCCUUCGGGGAGACGCUGGCUGCUGCCUGCCCCCGGCCAGAGGACAAUGACCUGUAUGACGCCAUCAUCCGGGACCUCCACCAUACCAGCCUGAGCCUGGAAAAACCAGCUGCUACAGCCUCCUCGGCGGUGGUCCCAGACAAGGCUGUCAGCCCCCGCCCCGCUCCAAAGUUCCAGGUCUCCUCCUCCCACAUGCAGAAGAGUCUGGAUGGGAGUCCCUGGAAUCUUCCCAAGGAGGAAAGCAUGGAGGCCUCUGUUAAGAUCCCUCCCCUCCCCAAGAGGAGUGCCUCCCUCCUGGAUAAGUCUUUUGGAGGCCCCCAGGACAUCAUCUACACAGACCUGAGGAAGAUGAACCUGGCAAGGCUGGCUCAGGGCACAGAGGUGUCCAGCAGGCACGGGCCCAUGCCAGCUGGCAGCCAGGCCUGCUCCCCAGGAAAGGAGGCCCAGAGGAGACUCUCAGAUGAAGAUCAGAACAGGUCUGAUGACCCGGGGCCUGUCCUUUCUGGGGUGAGCCCAGACCAGGGUCCGACAGGGUCUCCCCCUUCCCAGAGACUCCUCCUGCCCCCCAGUUCUGACACCCUGGGAUCCCUGGCUGCCACCUGGGGACAGGGGUUUUCAGAGGUGAACCAAGGGGCUCAGGCCUGCUCCCAGGGUAGCACUGAAGACACCUAUGGGCUCAUCGAGACAGCAGGCCUCCCGCGGGAGGCUGGGUAUUCACCAGGCCAGGGAGGCAGCACCUAUGAGCAGAUCCCAGGCAGCUGGGGUGGUCCCACCAGGCCCCCACAUCCUGGGGCCAGUUCCACAUAUAGCAAACUGUCAGGGCCCAUGGACUGUGGCUACCAGAAGCUCUCAGGGCCACCGGCACUCCCAGAGCCCAGUAACACCUAUGAGCAGAUACCAGCAGCCAAGAGCAAGGAGAUUGGACGGACAAACAAGCCAGACAAGCUCCGGAGACUCUUCUUCGUAGAAAAGAAGCACAAAUUCUGAGGAGUGCCCAGCAGCUGCAGUCCACCAGUGGACUUCUUGGGAUCCAGACCAUGCCAGGAGCUACUGAGAAGCCCUCAGCUCACUCGACGUUGCCCUGGAAUCCUCAGAUCCAACCAGCCUGCUGUGAAGCUAGCCUCAGAGACGCAACCUGGGUGCCCACCUGGAGGAGGGGUGAAGCAAACCUUCUAGUCACCUGCAGUUCUGGGCUGUGUUUCCCUUCCCCUGUGCCUCCCACCCAUGAAGAGGAGGAAAUCAAGGCCAGAGCAGAGUGGGGACUGGUCA